GUUAUACGAGCUCUUUCAAGUGCCGUACGACGUUUUUAUCGUGUCCUUGCACAGAUCAGACGUGCUCUUUUUGUGGUGAAUAGCCUAGUUUGAGAAGUAGCAGGGAUGGCGGGAGUAGGCGCACCGACGAUGACGAGUUUAGGUGCGCUGAACAUGGGAGGGCAGGGAGGGAUCGGCCAAGCUAUGGGAGGACUUGGUCCGAUAAAUCGUGCGAUGCAAUGGAUGGGUGUCGCUGGUCAGCAAGGGGCUGCACCGGGGAGUGGGGUAGCCGCACAGUAUGGCGUCGUAACAUGCUACAUAUGCAGGAAGAAUGACCACUAUGCACGGAAUUGCUGGCAGGCCACGAAUAGACAAAGACCAGAGGAAGACAAUAGUGAAAUAAGGGAGAUACUUCUUCGAAUUGGUAGGAGAGAGAAAGAGGAGGAGGAGAGGAAGAAGCGUGAGAUAGAUAAGGUGAAACGUAAAGAGGAGGAACGGCGGGAGGGUGAAAAACUUAGGGAGGAACAGGCGAGAGAAGCUAAGCUAGAAGCGACCAUUGUGAGGAUCCUUACGCAGCAGAGAGCAUCGUUGAUGGUAAGUCCCACACCGCUGGCGGGGAGUGGAAUCAAGAAGAAGUCGCCACGCUCCAAGGCACGUAUGCUGCGAGAUAUCACAAGCUAUAUUGCCGAAUCUGAAGAUGAUAGUGACGAAGUGAAGAAGGAGGCUGAAAAGCUGAUUGAGGCGCAGGAGAGUCAAAGGAAACCUAAGGGGGGCGCUGCGUUCAUGCGAGCAGCUGUCAGUUGGGCAAAGAAGGUACCUACGCCAAGAAUCGAUAAGGCUCAGAUGGACAACCUCUCGCCAAGUGAUGAAGGCUUCGUAACUCCGAAGAAGGCCUGUCCCGCGGAAUGCUCGAGCGAAGGUUUGGUUAACUUCGCCCUCUCUCAAACGAAGUUGCUGAGUGCAAUGAGAGCGGGGGAGAUUCGGAAGAUUUGUGGCAAGGAAGGUGUUGUAUACGUCAAGAAGGACGUCUCCAUUCAAGAGAUCGUAAGGUGUCGUACAUGACUCGCGUAUGAAGGGCUCUUCCAGCUGAAGAGUCAGACGCCGACUUCGCGGGUUGGUGGGCUUGAUGCUCCGUAAUGGCUUACCAGAUUGCGACUCGUGCCGCUGCUAUCAAGUUCAGAGAACUGACCGAAAGAAGGAGGUAUAGGGAAACACAGAAGAUACGACCGUUGAUGAACAGGGAUGAGAAAAACAAAUUAGCACUGCUUCU